AUGCCGGCCAAGGCACUGGCAUCGGACGAUUGGUUCGAGGUGUCGCUCGUCAAGCAAACCACUUCAACGAUCACCUUCCGUUGGACGUUCCGCAACCCGCUCGACGUGCCAUUCGAACUGUACAAGAUCGAGCAGUGCUACAGCGUGAAGCGCGACCGGUGGCAAACGGUGCACUGGAGCACGGCGACCACCGUGACGGUGCGCAACCUGGAGCAGAACCUGUGCUACUCGUUCCGGGCCAGCAUCCUCCACCAGCCGGCGGACGGGGCCGACUUCCACUACGUCUAUCAGUCGCCCAUCUUCAAGGCCUGCACCCUGCCGAACGUGCCGUCGACGAUGGGUAUCUACCGGGCGGUGAAGAAGUGUCAACCGACUCUCGUCCGGCGGCUGCUGUACGCGGCACCCGAGCUCGUCAACGUGCCGGUACACGGCGAAACCUUCCUCUACCUGGCAGUCCGCAGUGGCAGUUUGGAGCUGGUGAAUGCGCUGCUCGAUUCCGGCGCGAACAUCGAUCUCGGCGUACCGGAUACGCACGUCACGCCGCUUCACCUGGCAGUGUACGGGCGCAAUCUUACGAUCCUGCGACUCCUCAUCGAGCGCGGUGCCAAUCUGCACGCCCAGAACUGCGUCGGUAUGGGCAUCGGACACUACGCCAUCGACACGGACGAUUUGGCGAUGGUGAAGUACGUACUCGGGCAGGGCAUUAGUCUGGAGACGCGCGAUCGGUGGUGCCACUGGACGCUGAUCUUUCGGGCGCUGUAUAUGGGCGCCUCGGUGGAUAUCGUGCGUCACCUGCUGGAGCGUAAGUGCCGGUUGAAGGUGAAGGAUCGGUUGCGGCUCACACCGCUCCACUACGCUAACAUGCUGGGCCAGGAGGAGAUCAUUCGAUUGCUGCGCCGUCGGUUGAAGAUUUGA